AUGGUUUCGUUCACUGAAUGCGUGAGAGUACCGCUGUAUUCGCGAUAUAAGCACCGUUUGCUCACUAUCCAUAACAACAACAUUGAACUGUUCCGGAAGGCGCAUUCCAAGUUGUCGCUUAUCCUCAUCACGCUCCUCCACAUCCUGUGCUUGCCCGCACGUUCAACAGAAAUCGACCGGUUAUCGGUGGAGGGCACGUCCAGGGAAUACCGCGGAGUGUACUUUCUUGGCCCCACGUUUGGCUUUUGCUACAACUAUAACAAGUCGGCCAACGCCAAAGACCCCAUCAUCCGGGAAAUCGGGCCUGAGUUGUCGUCGUUGUUUUUAUGGUAUGUGCUCGUCUUCAGACGGAUGUACGUUGAGCUGUCGCGCGUGGAGAACAGUGCCAAGUUGUACCAGUUUGAUGCAAUGCUGCCGGACAAGAUCCGUAGAGGAAUCCUGUAUUGGUUCACGUACGGCAUGGAUAACCAGCGCGAGUAUAAGUUUUGCGAGGUGCGCCAGAUCCUCAAGCGGUGCAUCGAGUUCCACUACACCAAGAGCGUCAGUGCAGAUCUCGAGAUGUACCGUCUGGUCUACGAGACCAUUGCGCGGACCCUGGGCCAUUCGGUGGCCACGUCCACGGAGCAUUACGGCACGAUUGCCAAUUAUCCGCCCUCCGUCAAUGCGGCCGAUGUGCUCCGGUCCCGUCAUUUGGGCCUGGUCUGGCACCAGCUGGGAUUGCGUCGGAAGUUUCUUAAUUUCGAGGGUGAGGUUGUUGAUCCGGUGCCUGAACCAGUUGAUGCGGAUGUGGAUGCGGAUGUGGAUGUGGAUGUGGAUGAAGUGGCACCAGAUCUUUCAAUUGGCCCUGAUAGUCCUGUCUCUGAAGAAGUUGAAGAGGUUGAACCUAUACGCGGUGAUAUUGGCGGGAAUCCUGUUUAUGCUGAUGAUGAAGUUGAUUCUAUUUCAGAUAUGCUUAUGGAGAUUCCUCGCAUAGAUUAUAAUAGGGCUGUAGGUUCUGCGGAUUCCUCCUCGGCUCCUUCUGCAGCUCCUCCAUCCCCAGUGCCUUCUCGUUCACCAUCCCCAGCUCCUGUUCCUGAUCCUGUUUCUGCUCCUGUUUCCGUUGAUGAUGUUCCAGCAGCUCCUUCUCAUCCUCCAGCUCGCUCUUCCCUGGCUCCCAUCAGCGCCCCUCCAGUGUCUGUUUCUUGGAACGAUUCCACCCUCUCCCCAAAUCACGCUACGUCGUCCCCUUAUGUUCACCAGCUCCCAGGCUAUCGUCCUCCAUAUUACGCUCCUGCUUCUUCUGAGUUCGCUUUACCUCCGCAAGAUGCAUAUCUAGGCGCGCCUCUAUAUGAUGCGCAUGUGUCGCGGGAAGUGCUUCUGGAAGCGAGAAAACGCCAUAGCCGAGAAAAACGGGAAAGAAAAGAGAGAAAGAUGGAAAAGAAGAGGAAAGAGAAAGAAAAGAUCAGUAAAAGAGAGGAAAAUAUCAGGAAAAGAGAGGAAAAGAUUAGAAAAAGAGAGGAAAAGGAAAAGAUGAGGAAAAGAGAGAAAAGAGAGAAAAGGGAAAGAAAACGGGCAGAGGAAAAAGCAGCCCUAGUUUCUCCUGUCACGCCAGUCAGGACCCUAAAAGUCAAAGACGUCCGUCUAUAUCUGUCUGCAACGAGAGGCCCAUUAUGCAGAAGCGGAAGCAGCCCAUCAGGCCCAUCAAUAAGUCCUCGAGUCGUGGCGGCAUCGGGUCCUCCAUCGGGUCCUCCAACGCCAAACCUGAGUGCCAGGCGGAUGCCGAUUCCAAGUUCCCUGGCAUCGCGAAUGCAGGCCCUUCCUGGCUCCUCGCUGGGUUCCCGUUCGUCGGGGUCCGCUUCCCACCCAUCGCGCGUGCAAAAGCAGCCUCCCAGUUCGCGCUCUUUAGGUUCCCCCCUGUCCCCCUCGUUUCCAGAGACGCCACGCCGGUCCUUGCUUCUUCAGCACCUCCGCCAAAGAAUAACGGAGAGUUUGCAGGCAUCG